AAACAGAACUCUACUCCAUCGCAGAUUUUUCGAUCUCCCAAACUCAUGCGGAGCUUCCUCCAUGGCAGUAUCGCACUCAUCCACCGCAAGUAGCCGUUUAUCCUUGGCCUAUUUCUCAUUGUUUCUCUUACUCUUUGAUUGUCGCUGCUUUCCCUACCCCGCGAUGAAGAUCCAAACGGUCGAAGAUCAAGGCGUCGUCAUUGCCAACCUUCCUCUUCUACAACAACAACAUCCAAGCCUUAAUCCCAAAAGAAUUUGGGGUCGGUUAACAUGAAUCGAUCUAGGAUAUCGAUGCCAAAGAGAUAAGACGGACAAGAAAGGGAAGAAAAAGAGAGAGGAAUUAAGGCUUAUAUGUUCUGAUUCCUCUAAUCCAAUGUCAUACUCUCAUCCAACCUAAGAAGACGCAUAUCAGUUCUGAUUCCUCUAAUCCAAGUCUGUUUGGGUCUUCCUCUCCCUCUCUUUUCUGCCUCUUCUCCCCACCCCUCAGGUCAUCUAACAGGUGCAUCACUCGAUCUUCUACGCACAUGCCCGUGUUAGAUUAUUGGACUUAUACUACAUGUAAUAUUCAUAGUAUAUUAUUCAUCAGGUUUAAUUGUAUGUUAUAUGAUAUCUUAUAUUUAGGCCCAAAAAUUAGUGAUCCUAUGGAUAUUAAUUUAAGUGGGUUAAUAUGUUAUCUAAUAAGGUAUAGGGCCCAAAUGUGUAGAGACUCAUGGGCUUAACCUAAUUAAUGAUGGGCUGAUUAGGGUUAAGCACUCUCUAUAAAUAGAGGGGUUAUGGUCCCUAGUUGAACAUGUCAUUCCGUCUUCUGCAUCCCAUCGCUAGAGAGAUAUUCUCGAGGUGUGUAUCAACUAGAAGACGCAAACCCUAGCCUCCGUCUCCCGGAUCUCUAAAGAUCAUCUCCAAUGGAGUCAGGGCCUCAAAGAAAGCAUCAUAAGGAAACUAAGGAAGAAACUAAGGAAUCUGGAUGCUUCUUUUGCAAAGGGACUAAUCACAAGAAAAGAACUGCACUACGUACCACGCCUGGCGUGCAAAAAGGGGGUUGUCUGAGCUGCCGAAAACCAAUUGAUGGUGAAAGAUACAUCUAUGUCGGUGAUGGCAAGUGGGUUGAAGUUGAGUCUAUCGGUGUUUUUAGAUUAUUAUUAAAGACCGGUUUUUAUUUGGAUUUGAAAGAGACAUUUGUUGUGUUGUCAUUUAGGCGAAAUUUAAUUUCUAUUUCUGCAUUGGACAAAUUUGGUUAUUCUUGUUCAUUUGGAAAUAGUCAGUUUAGUCUAUUUCAAGAUUCAAAAUUUAUUGGUACUGGUCUUUUAUCA